ACAUUGAUUUCUGCUUGUCUUUUAUCUUUCUGAUUUUUAAAAGCAUAACAAUGACAACGCCUGUCGUUCUGGAUGAAGACACUUACACAGAAGCCAUCAGUCUUAUUAUUGAACGCGACUUCUUUCCCAACCUUGCAAAACUAAGAGCGCAACAAGACUAUUUAGAAGCACAACGCAAUGGUACUUUUACUGAUCUUCAAGAAGCAGGAAAGGCUUUACGCCAAGUCGAUGCCAAUCCCCUAAAAACCAAAAGAGAUGGUCAACAGAGCAUCAACUUUUAUGUUGAAAAUGAGCCUCGUAUUGAAAAGCGUGUCAAUCUCAACUUGUCACUUGAUCAGUUUCAAACACUUUAUACAAGUGAAGAUAAUGCUUCGUUUACCGAUCUACUCGAGAAAGCCAAUGUGAAGAUCAAAGAGCAGAACAAGUGGUUUUUUGAUCGUGAAUCAAAGCAGUUGCGACUGACUGACAGACCUCAUGAAUCGAGUCCUGUUCAAUUGAUAGAAGCGGGCAAUCAAUCAACAUUGGGCUGGAAAUAUCAAGCAAGGAAUUCACUCAUGUAUUUUCCUCAAGGAAAAAGCGAGUCUUGGGUAAACCAGAAUGAAGGCAGAGGACAGCCAAAAUCCAUUGAAUAUCACAACACACAUAUCUUGACAGAACAGACAGUCAAAAAGAAUCCGAAUCCUACAACAGAUCAGGGAUCAUUAAUGGCAUGGAACCAAUUGAAUGGAUUACAGCGAGAUAACGAUAACCCUUCAUCCACCCCAAAAAUUCGAGGAUUUAGUCUCGUCGAUGCCACACCUACUUUAAGUCCAACUCGUAUGGGAACACCUGAAAUGACUUGGGGUUCUAUUGAAGGCACACCCUUAUUGAUUUCUAAUAACAAUGGAUCAAAGACACCUGGUUAUUCAUUACCAAAGAUAUCUAAGCGUGAAGAAUUAGGCAUGAAAUUGUCAGAGAAAGCAUCCAAAGCAUACCGAAAAAAGACAAAUGAAAGACAAAGAGCCAUUCAAGGUACUCCUCGAUCAGGGGCUGGAUUAAUGUCACCUGCUGCUCAACAUUUGCUAAGGAAAAGCCAUAAAACACCAACGCAGCGAGCCAUGUCAGGAUUCGGUGAAGCACUUCGAAGUACUUAUAGUGGAUCACCAUCCUUAGGUAUCUCAACACCAAAGACAAUUCGACGCCCAGGAGCCACACCUACUCCCAUUGGACUAUUCCGAGCAGGAAUAACACCACAGCAUUCACUUGACAAAAAAAAGUAAAUAAUAAAAAAAAAAC